GAUUUACCAAAAAUCGAAGAAGUCCCCCUCUCUCAUCCGUAUCUCCACACGCAAUGCCUAAAGUUAGCGUUUCCGGCACAAAGUACCGUAUGACCCUCGGUCUCCCCGUUGGUGCUGUUAUGAAUUGCGCUGAUAACUCUGGUGCUAAGAACUUGUACGUCAUUGCUGUCCGUAACAUCAAGGGUCGUUUGAACAGACUUCCUGCUGCUGGUUGUGGUGACAUGAUUGUUGCUACCGUCAAGAAGGGUAAGCCCGAAUUAAGAAAGAAGGUUAUGGCCGCUGUUGUCAUUCGUCAACGUAAGGCCUGGCGUCGUAGAGACGGUGUCUUCCUCUACUUCGAGGAUAACGCCGGUGUCAUUGUUAACCCCAAGGGUGAAAUGAAGGGUUCUGCCAUCACUGGUCCCGUUGCCAAGGAAUGUGCCGAUCUCUGGCCCCGUAUUGCCUCUGCCUCUGGUACCGUCGUCUAAAUACAUUUACUUUGUAUUGAACCGAAAAUGAAUAAAAAAUCACUUUACUGCGUUUUUCUAAACAUAAAAAAAA